GUAGUAGCGGCUUCUACUCAAGAUGAAGUGGGAAUGAUACCCUCCUCACUUCAUGACAAGGCCGAAGCUAAUGACUCCUUAGUCACCCCGCAGACACAAUUAGACCAAACUAUGCUCUGUACGUUAGAUGUGUCUGAAGCCUUAGAGGACUUGGAGAGUGAGUGGUCAAACAAGGACCCUCGCGAGUCCUGGGUGGCACUAAGGAAAGGUCCUAGAGGGGAACAUUUCGUAGUGGAAGUCAAUGUGGGAGGCCGCAAAUGUGGUGCCUUCAAAGACAUUGGCUCCACGUGGAAUUACAUAAGCCGCGACUGUUUGGAAAGGCUUCACCUACAGGACCGGGUACGGCACCUUAGUAGACCCGUAGCAUCUACUUUGGCCAACAAGGAGCGCAUGAUUGUAACAGACUACAUCAAGGACGUAGUCUGUACCUUCUCCUAUGGAGGAGGUGAGCUUAACCAUAAGAUCUCGUUCUUGGUUAGCGACGACUUGCCAUUCGAUAUGUUGUUAGGCAUGUACUACCUCGAAGUUGCUGAGCCCCAGUUCGACUGGGAUAAGAAGGUGCUCAAAUACAAGUUGCCCGAUGGCCGAACUGUCAGAUUGACUAAGUUUAAGGCCAGUAGUAUUGUGGAUACCUAUGGUUGCUUGUGCGCAUCAGCAUUCUAUAACUAUUACAAGCAAAACCAAGAGGAGGGUAUGUACCUUGUUUAUGUCUCUGAGAAGGGGGAGGCCGUUAAAACAUCCCCAGAGAUAGAAAGCGUCGUUGCUAAGUUCCCCGAUCUGUUCGAGAAGCCCUCGGGAGUUGUUGAUAGGGAAGUCGUCCACGCUAUAGAAAUCAUUCCAGGGAUGAUGCCUUUCGGUCUUUGUAAUGCGCCGAGUACGUUCCAGCACGCUAUGAAUCGGAUCUUCCAUGACCAUUUAGCUAAGUUUGUCGUGGUCUACUUAGACGACAUUCUGAUCUUUAGUAAGUCUGCCGAGGAGCAUGCACAACAUGUUGAGACAAUUCCCCUACGACAGCACAAGUAUAAGGUCAACUUAGAGAAGUGUGAGUUCGGUCGCACAAAGAUUCUAUACUUGGGUCAUGAAGUAUCCGCGGAGGGAAUCAGGCCGGAAGAUGCGAAGGUGGCUAGUAUUCGAGAUUGGCCACGACCUCAGACAGUCAUUGAGGUCAGGUCAUUCUUAGGAAUGUGCGGCUACUAUAGAAACUUCGUUAAGAACUAUUUUACAGUCGCCUCUCCUUUGACUGAUCUAACUCGACUUGACACACCGUGGGACUGGAGUGAUGAGUGCGAGGGUGCUUUCAAGAGAUUGAAGCAUGCACUAAUGAAUCAUGAAGUUCUCAUGGUUCCCGAUCCGCAGAAGCCAUUCAUAGUGACCAUUGACGCAAGCCAAUACGGCAUUGGCGCAGUGCUGGCUCAGCAGGAUGGGAAAAAGUUGAGACCGAUUGAGUACAUGAGUAAGAAAAUGCCUUCGAAGAAGCUGGUUAAGUCCACCUACGAAAGGGAACUCUAUGCUCUCUACAAGGCACUUGUCCAUUGGAGACACUUCCUUUUGGGAAGGUUCUUCUAUCUGAGGACUGAUCAUCAGACCCUCAAAUGGAUCAAGACUCAACCGGCUCUUUCUGAUGCACUCAAGCGAUGGAUUGAGGUCAUAGACCAAUAUGAUUUCAAGCUUGAGUACUUGAAGGGAGAGUACAAUAAGGUUGCAGACGCGAUAUCCCGUAGAGCAGACUACCUAGGUGCGCUAGUUUCUGAAUUUGGCGUAUCUAAUGAAGUAACUCAAUCAUUGGUGGGAGCCUAUCAGGAAGACCCUGUCACGAUGGACAUCAUCCGCAAACUUCAKGCGAAAGACAAGGCUACAGAAAGUAAGUUUGUGAUGGUGGAUGGGUUAAUCUAUCUUGAUAAGGCCGGAGUAAAGAGAUUGGUAGUUCCAUCUAGUGAACAGUUGCGUAGUUUAUUUUUAGGUGAAUGUCAUGACGCAACUGGGCACUUUGGCUACAAGAAAACGAGUGCUAACUUAGUACAGCGAUUUCGGUGGCCCAAAAUGUUAGAUGACGCAAAGAAGUAUGUUGAGACAUGUCAAGUCUGUCAGCGGGACAAGCCACGAACUCAAGCACCGCUUGGGUUAUUGAAGCCUUUACCUAUUCCUGAUGGUCCAGGAUUGAGUGUUUCCAUGGAUUUCAUGGACACUCUUGUGACCAGCAAGAGUGGUAAGAGACACAUCUUCGUCAUCAUUGACCGAUUCACCAAGUACGCUAGACUAAUACCAAUGCAAGAGACAACCAGGACAGAAUACGUCAUCAAGUUGUUCAAGGACAACUGGGUAAGGGACUUUGGUUUACCAAAGACCAUCAUUAGUGACCGAGACGUCCGAUUUACAAGUGAGCUGUGGAAGAAGACUGCGGAACUAAUAGGCAGUCAACUUCAAAUGACUUCAGGGAAUCAUCCUGAAGCCAACGGAUAAGCCGAACAGAUGAAUGGAGUUGUACAGCACUUGCUGAGGCAUUACAUCAAGCGCAGCCAGGAUGACUGGGAUGAGCAGUUACCUCUCAUCACCAGCCUGUACAACAAUGCUAUACAUAGCAGUAUUGUUGUUAGUCCUAACCAGCUGCACUUAGGUUGGAAGCCUAGAUCAGCACUAGACUUCCUCCUACCUGAAAACCGACCUAUUGCAACUCCAGACACACUUGAAUACGGUGUGCAGUAUGAGAAGUUGCUGCAAGAGGCUGUUGAACAUAUGAAGAAGGCUCAGCAAGCCAUGAUUGCUUCUGAGAAUCAACAUCGUAGACAGUC